AUGCUCACUUCUGCAGCACAAGACCUUCCGGAGCUCAAACGCGCUCGGGAAUACAUCAGAACCAUGCAUGAGGACUCCGUACUUUCUCGGGUCACUGGCUCCCCUUGGCUCGUCACCGAACUCAUAUUACGCAUGGUCCACUCUAUGUGGAGGGAGUCACCCUACUCCAACGGCUUCCGAACUCCCUUCGACCUAUACGUGAAGGUUGCAUACAUGCACCGCGGCCAGUCUCCGGCGUCGAAGAUGCUCCCUCAAUUUCCUGGCGGAACCAUUCCAUUUUUUGCCUAUAAUGAAGGCAGGUUCCUCGAAGAAGACAUCUUUCACACAGAUGAUGCCACGCUACCGGACACCUAUCGGUUGCAGUCAUGGGUCAUUCUUGACAUGGUCGUCUCGGAACACGAUGAUGUAGUCCCAUGUUACGAUCUCAGCAGCGAUAAGGCUCGGAGAGCAGCGCUCGAGUUCAACCCCAUUCCUGUCUGCGAGGAGGUCGAUAACCUACGUUGGACGGAGCUGAGGCACAAUCGCAUACCGCCUUGCGUGAAGAUCGAGUUCUCUUGGCCGAACUACGCGCCCGUAUCAGAGGUCUGGGACCUUCAAGCACCUAUUUAUCCUGCUCGCUGCGCAAACUCUCUGCAGAGACUUGCUUAUGCAGUCGCCCGUUGCGUUCAUUCAUUCAUGACGAGGGCCGCGAAGAAACCCCGACCUCAGCCAUGUAUGCAACCGAAAUGGAGCAUCGGAUCUUCAUGUCUCGGGGAGAUAGCACCCCGGGACGUGACCUUGUUUGGUGUCAUCUUUCAGUCGGAUACGACUGUCAUACCGCUUUUAUGUGCUCCCAUCCCCGAAAUGUACCUCAGACAGAGUUGA